AUGCAAGGUGAUCUAAGCCUGGUUGGACAUAGACACAGUUUCCCGAUACCUGCGCUGGUGAAAAAUAACAACAUUUUACUCAUCAAUUCUUUGGGAUUUUAUGGUGGGCACUGGAGUCCAAAUGCAGAUUCUAUUUUAGCUCAUGGAUAUGGUGGAUCUUUUCACCUUUGGAGAAAUGUUGGUGUUGAUUUUGAUGAUUGGAAGCCACAAAAAGUUCCAUCUGGACACUUUGCUGCCGUGUCAGACAUUGCCUGGGCUAGAUGUGGGGAAUAUAUGAUGUCUGUCAGUCAUGAUCAGACAACUAGAGUAUUUGCUCCUUGGCUUAAUAAUACAAGCUCAGAGAAUGAAGAAUCUUGGCAUGAAAUAGCUCGCCCUCAAGUUCAUGGUCAUGACAUAAAUUGUGUCACAGUAAUCAAAGGAAAAGGAAACCAUCGUUUUGUUUGCGGGGCAGACGAGAAAGUUGCCAGAGUUUUUGAAUCUCCUUUAUCCUUUCUGAAGACAUUGAGCCAUGUUACGUCAGAUGACCCUAGUUUUUCUGCUGACAUUCCAGCUGAUGUGCAGAUAUUAGGGGCAAAUAUGUCUGCUUUAGGUCUAUCGCAGAAACCUAUAUAUGUUCAGGCAGCAUCGACACCAACAGACAGAAGCAAUACGGAAGGUUUUGAUACACUAGAAACUGUUCCGGAAGCAGUUCCAGUUGUCUUGACAGAGCCACCUAUUGAAGAGCAAUUGGCAUGGCAUACUUUAUGGCCGGAGACACACAAACUCUAUGGUCAUGGGAAUGAGCUUUUUGCUCUAUGUUGUGAUCACCAUGGAAAGCUUGUAGCUUCUUCCUGCAAGGCUCAAUCAGCACCGGUUGCUGAAAUAUGGCUAUGGCAAGUUGGUACGUGGAAGUCGGUUGGCCGUUUGCAGUCUCACAGUUUAACAGUGACCCAAAUGGAGUUCUCUCAUGAUAACCAGUAUCUGUUGGCUGUUUCAAGAGAUCGCCACUUCUCUGUUUUUCGAAUCGAUCAUAAAGGAACUGAUGAGAUCAAUUACCAGCUUGUAGCUAAGCAAGAAGCACAUAAAAGAAUAAUAUGGGCAUGUUCUUGGAACCCAUUUGGCCAAGAAUUUGCUACCAGUUCAAGGGACAAAACUGUCAAAAUAUGGGCCGUGGAAACUGAAACCUCGGUGAAGCUACUUUUGACACUUCCCACUUUCAAAAGCAGUGUCACUUCCCUGUCUUGGUUAGGUCUAGACAGCCAUGGCAAUCGCGGGCUUCUUGCUGUGGGAAUGGAAAAUGGCCUGAUUGAACUUUGGAAUUUAAAUGGGCAUUUAUCAGUCCAAAACGCUUCUCUUGCUGUUAAAUUCGAUCCAUUUCUAUGUCACGUGUCCACUGUCCAACGACUAUCUUGGAGAAGUCCCCAGAAGAGCAAAGAUUCUGAGACCGUGCAGCUUGCCUCCUGCGGAGCUGAUCAUUGUGUGAGAAUAUUUAGGGUAAAGGUUACCUAAGCUAAACAGUUUUUUAGUGGUAGAUAGACGUUUGUUUUAACCUUGUAUUGCUGAAAUUGUUGUAUCAACUUAUUGUUAUGGUAAUAGUCAACUAAUUAGCAAAUGUUGGAGAUGGAUCUGAUUGUUAGAGUUUCAUAGUUCUCUAUACCAAUUUUCUUA